UUUACUCAAUAAGUAGACAUACAUUUAUUAGAUUUUCUUGGAAAAUAAUUUUAUUUAUAAUUUUCAUAGACAUAUUUUGCUUCAUGUGUGGAAAUAUACACAUACAUACAUACUUAUGUCUGCGAUCGAAAAUACUUUAAUAAUUAUAAAACCAAAUUUGUUGUCAAAUAAAAAUUGUAUACUCCAAUUAUUGCAUUUAAAUGGAUUCCGUAUGACUCAUCGUAAAACAAUUUGUUGCUCGCCAGAACAAGCUGCUGAAUUUUACAAGGAGUUGGAGAAUACGGAUAAAUAUUUUGCCAUCAAAGUUAUGGCGUUAUCAAACCAGCCAUCUGAAGCCGUUGUUCUUAACAGAUAUAAUGCAGUCAAUGUUCUUCAAUCUCUAAUGAAGCUUCCAAGUUUUUCGCAUUAUUUUUGCAAUCCUGCAUCUGGGGACAGAAUUCAUGCAAGUUAUUCAAAGGAAAACGCAAUCAAUGAAAUAAAAUAUAUUUUUCCAAACGUCGUAAUAGAACCGUCCCGGAAAUAUAACUUCCGCUCUUAUUGUGAUAGAACGAAAUUGACAAAACUUGUGGUGGGAGGUAUUGUUAAUGCUUUCCGGAGUGGAAUAGAAAGCCCUAGACAAUGUUUGCCUAAUUUACUUUCUGAGCCUACUGAUGAACUCAAUUUCAACCAAUGUUAAAUAAAAAUAUGUAGCUAUUGA